CGUUGUCGACAUUUCGACAAUGUCGGGUGCUAUGAGGAGUGUUUAGUGAACGACAUUACCACUCGCGGGGUUCGUCGUUCGUUCCUCGAUUCCGUCGGUGCUACUAUUUACACGGGAAUAAAUGAAAACACGGCUCUGACGUAGAUAUCGCGAUAACCGGGAAUCCCCGAAUUCCUAUAAUUGUGCUCGACGCGAUUUGGUGCUCCGAAGAGACAGAAGACAGGAGAUUGAUUCUUGGAGGGUGGAAAAGAGCGAGAUUAUCGUCAAUGUACGUCUCCGUCGACGUUGUCGCUGGUCUCGCUCCCGUUCUUAUUCCCGUGAAACCAGAUCGUUCCGAAUGUUUUUAUAUGUCACGGUGCCGGAUGCUGCAGGAUUAUUUAUAGCCGUAAACGUACCGGUCUUCGGGUAACGCACGAUUUCGCUGCUUAAAAAUUAGGCUCCUCGAUGAACGUUAUUAUUAUUCCCCGUACAACGCGUAAGGUGCUCUCGCUGUCUGUGUGGUGCUCGUUUUCGGCAGUGGGUGACCCGAUGUUUAUCCAGAGUCCGUGACCGGAGGCGUGAAUCGUCCUGUGCACCGAUCUGCAACUCGAGCUGGUGUCGUUCGUUCGUCGAGAAUUGAACACCGAAGCUGAGAAAAUCCCCAACAGCUGUAUUACUUUUCCUGCUGGGAUACUGCGGUGCAUCUAGAGUCGCCUCGUGUUGAAGCAAACAAAAACAGUCUUCAAGUGCGCGUCUUACGUUGGGAAACAGUGAACAUGUAGGGGUGCACGAUUGACUGGUCUACCAGCUGGUUCGGAUAAUCACAUAAAAAUAUAAUAACAGUAAUAAUCGACGGUGUGCAGGUCGGGUGAUUUUUUAGUGUGAUAUCGAGUGAUGAUAAUAGUAAUUUAUGUUUCCGAGCAAGGGGAUAACCGGAGGAGAUUAAACUAGCCGAGGGCUGAAAGUGUCAGCGGUGCAACGAUGCCGAGGACGGCAUCAUCGACGCCCCGCAGGCUGAACACCGAGGAAGACGACGACUGCAGAUUGGGAGUCGCAUCCCGUGAUAACGACAGUAUUGCAUUCCAGGUAUAUGCAUAGGCACGCGAAGUGUAUAGUACUUAACACUGAGGUUUACCGGGUUGUAUAAUGGCGGCAACAGCCAAACACGAUCUGAGACAAAAGUUUCCGACGGAUUCAACGGGCGAGGAGGACAUAGCGGCGAUAGCAAAGCAGAUAAGCGACCACGCCGAGGCGAUUUACCAGACCUGGAAGAGCCGCGGUCUUGCACCAACCGAGAUUCUCAAUUGUCACAGCAACGCUACCGCGGCUGAUAAGUUCGACUCGGUCCUGACGCCCGGGGUGCAGAAUAACCCGAAUAAAAAUCCCCCAACAGCCGCUGAGCUGCUGGCCCAGGCUCCGACCUUGGACAAUAACAAGCUUGAAAAAUUGGUCAACAACUUCGUCGUGGAGGACAAGGCGAGGCUGGCUGCCUCACGGCAGAAAUCACCGUCUAAGGUGCUGCCCUCCUCGAUUCAGUUCGCACUCCAGAAGUUUGAACGCAACAGUUCCACGUCCCAAUCAUCGCCCGUCAAGAUUGCAACCGCAGCGACCACGCCGGCCGUCAAACCUCUUCAGGUUCAGCCGAAGAGCGGCACCGCGUCGCCGUCCCCGUCGCCCGCACCCUACGCUAACAAACCCGCGGAGAUAACGCGGCCGCAGGCAUCGCCGAGCACAAAAUCAACCCCGGCACAUCACAAUGAGGUUUUCCUCGAGACCAUCGAAACGACAUUUCCGGCAGAUUUGACGCCCGCUAGGAUCGUCGUCCAGCAGAAGAGGCCGUCCAGCGUAGUGUCCUGCAGGGUGCAGGACCGGGCCUUGGGCAACGGAUCGACCGGCUCAACCGCGGCCAACAUGUCGGGACUCACCACCUGGCCGUUGAAGAAUAAAAUUUCGAACGGCGAGGCGAAGAGGGGUGCGAAGACCUCCGCCAAGGUCUUCGAAAGCGGUAAUCGGGCCGCAGUCUCCGUCGCGGAUGAGAAAUCUCCGAAAUCACCAUCCAGAGAAUCGGCGAGCAUUAUUCCGGACGCUGUUCCAACCCUCGGCGAUUCCAACGCGAAGAACUGCCUCGCUGAUGAGGUUGCCAGGGAGGAAGAACGGCUGAUAAACGCUCUGAUGACUGGCGUCAUCAUCCCCGAGGAACCCCUCGAACCCCGGCCAGUCGAACAUCAUGCGGUCGCCAAGCAGAAGCCGGCCAUCAAGAAGGAGAAGCCGAAGGUCGACCCGAUCAAGCCAAUCAUCCUGGCACACAGCUCGAGUCUCGCAGCAUCGGGGAUCGGCGUCCCUGUCCAGGCCAACGCUACCCUGGAACCUAAGUCCCUCAGCAAGGACGACCUGUCGACAAUGUCGAUGGUGGAUUACGCGAAGGUCAGGUACAGGGCAGCCCAGCAAAAUCCACCGACUCAGAAACGGCUCGAGGAACAGCGGAACGCUGGCAGUUUGAACAACAACGCGGGUCAUCCGCUCCACCAUCACCACCAUCACCACCAUCACCAUCAUCACCAUCGUCGCAGUAUGAACAACAACAACAACAAUGAAAAUACGAACAACAACAACAACAACACCAUCAGCAGCAAGGACGACAUUGACGGUGCGGCGGCGAACCAUGCGGAACAGCUGGUUUCCGCGGCGAGGACCAAGUUCGAACCUGCCGCACAGGGCAAGGAUGUUGAUGGCGGUAAGGAGAGGGACGUCGAGGAUGCGAAGGACAGGGAGUCCAAGGACGAAAAGGACCUCGCGAGUACGUCGCGUUGGGGUCCUAGAGUCGGCACACCAUCUAGGCCUCGACUUGAACAACUGGUACCUCAUCCCGAGCUAACCACCCAACAGAGGCAGCACAUCAGAGCCGCGGCAACCGGGACCGGAAACAACCCGGUCCGGCCAUUUUUAACGAGGGGCUCGGUCGCCGAGAGAGUUCUCAUAUUCGAAAAAUGCCCCAGCGAACUGCUACUGGACAAACGAGGACCCAGACAACCGGCUAUUGUCACUUGGCGAACGGGGCACGAGGUCCAGAGCAAAGCGCAGACUUACGCAAGGGAAAAGACACAGACGCAGAAGAACCUGCCGCCUCACACAACGCUACAGAGGCACGUUAAGGCAAAUCGGAAUGUACACAUACCAAGAUUCUACUUUCCUGGUGGAAAACCGAUACCGACGUCUCAGCUGGAUGCUACGCUAGUGCGAAUAUCUGCCGCAUUUCAGAGUCUUCCUGGACACCGAGCUGCCAAAACUCAGUUCCACAUAAUCACCAAGGCUUGCGACUGUCCUCUGUAUUGGAAAGUGCCGCUCUUCCUUGCGUCUGGGGGUGAUAAGAAUGCCUACGUCGACCAGAAUAUGUUCUUAGAAUUCUGGAAAGAAUGGUCGAACUCGUAUCACGACGCAGCUAGUAGAUUUGUUAGAAUGACGACACGCGGACUGAGGGAUUCCAUUAUUCCUGAGGAUCUGAUACCUCUGGUUCAAGACGUCGUUGAAACGCAUCCUGGACUGACGUUCCUCAAGGAAGCCACCGAAUUUCAUUCUCGAUACGUUCACACGGUUGUGGCCAGAAUUUUUUAUUCCGUAAAUCGAAGUUGGAGUGGAAAAAUAUCUGUCUCUGAGCUGAGACGAAGUAAUUUACUGGCAGUGAUAUCGGUCCUGGAACAUGAGGAGGACAUUAAUCACGUCACAGCGUACUUCAGCUACGAGCAUUUUUACGUUAUAUAUUGCAAGUUUUGGGAACUUGAUAGAGACCAUGACCUCUUUAUCGACAAAUUGGAUCUUACAAGGCACAACGACAAUGCUCUGUCAACGAGAAUGAUUGAACGAAUAUUCAGCGGUGCCGUAACUCGCGGUGGUGUACGGACUUCUGGAUCGCAGCACAUUCAACAGUAUCAUAAGCAUAACCAUGACCUCCACGAUGAUGAGAAUGAUGAGCAUCAUAAUUAUCAACAGUCGCAGCAGCAGCCCGGUGAAAACAAGAUGAGCUAUACGGAAUUUGUAUGGUUUUUGCUCAGCGAAGAGGAUAAGAACCAUCCAACUGCGAUAGAGUAUUGGUUUAGGUGUAUGGAUCUAGACGGGGAUGGAUAUCUCUCAAUGUACGAAUUAGAAUACUUUUACGAAGAGCAGCUUCAUCGGAUGGAAGCAAUCGGCAUCGAAACGUUGCCCUUUGAAGAUUGUCUCUGCCAGAUGCUGGAUAUGAUACAUCCUACGAUUCCUGGUAAAAUAUCCCUGAGUGAUCUCAAGAGGUGUAAAAUGACGUCAAUAUUUUUCGACACAUUCUUCAACCUGGAGAAAUAUUUGGAUCACGAACAAAGGGAUCCGUUCGCCUCGACUCGCGAUCACGAUGCUGACGGCCAUGAGCUGUCCGAUUGGGAUCGAUUCGCAGCCGAGGAGUACGAGCUUUUGGUUGCUGAGGAAAGUGGGAAUGACCAAAAUGAACAGAUGUUAUAUGAGUCCUCAAACGAAGAUGUGCCAUCACCGAAUCUUGAUACACUUGGCAGAGAAACUGUGGAUGCAGAUGUCGAUUCUCUCGUCUCUGACGUUACCGGGCAGCAGGGAUUCACCGACGAAAUUCAGGCGUCUUUGAUCCGUCAAGGUUUGAAAACAAUGCCCUAUGAUAGUGGAGAUAGCGAUGAUUAUGUGGACAGUGACGACUAGAAUGUUAUCCGAUAAGAUAAUUUCAUUUUUACCUGAAAUCGAUUGCGGACGAAAUGACCUAUUUUUAUGAAUACCCCAGUGGUCGAGUACGAAUUUCAAGAAGUAUAAGCUGAUUCAUUCUGCGGUUUAUUGCGGAUUGCAUGUUCUCUUGAUUUUCGUACAGUGAAACGAAUGUCCAUCACUUUUAUCACCGUUAAUUAUUACGACGGGGAUAGGCGAUACGUUUAUCACUUUACAAUAUUAAUCGAGAAAUUAAUGAAAUAUUACAGAAGAAUGUGAUUGAAUGUUAAAGUAUAUACAUGUCAUAGAAUUCUAAUGUUGAAAAAAUUCAAAUGCUACGGGAUCAGAAUUUUAUUUUCUUGAAUUCGAUCUGUUUGCAUUCGCCGGUAUUAUUAUAACCCAUACUUAUUAUAUUACUCCGAAAGUUGUUAGAAGUGUUGACUUAUUAAUUUCUACGAAAUUAAUGUCAGUUGACUUUCAAAUCGACUCAUCGUCAACCUUGUAGUUGCGUUUACCGCACAUAAGUUAACACCAUGUACGUGGUUUAAUUAUCGACUUGGCAAGGUGAUGAAAACAUAAACAAAAUUUUUCGUCAUGGUAACCCAGUCGUUGGAUAUCACGUUCAUGUACGAGUGUAUAUUAACUGAUUCGACUUGUAUAUAAUACUAAAUAAUUAUAAGUGUUGAAAUUUGCUUGAUUAUUUCACCAAAAUAUCGGUAUCACCGAUGCACGAAACCGUGGAAAGUCCCUCUUAUUUAGCAUAUUAAUUUUACAACCGUAGUUUAUUUCGUACGUUGAUUUUGAAUGUAUUGUUAUUAUACAAGGAGUUAUACAAGGUUAUUGACUAUUCAGUUAAUUUCCAAACGGUGUUUUAUGUGUUAUUUUUUAUUUAUCGACAGUUGUCUAUUCAGCGGGUGAAGAGAUUCGUAAGAUUUAGAAAAUUUAGAGUUAAAAAUGGUGCCCAUUAUCAUGUAAAAUAUAUUACCACCUCAUAGCCCGUCGCUUGAGUCUGCAUGACAUGGUCAGAUAUGCAGAGCUUGGAUUAAAUGCAAUACCUGUACAUGCAUUGUUAUUUUCAUCGAGCUACCCGAUACCAGGCGCACUGCUGACCACUGCAGGCUAUCGAAUAUAGAAUAAUGGAGGUAUAAUAUUUAACAAAGUUGUGAAUGUAUGGAAUGUUGGUUUUGUUCGCAAUUGUAUACUCUUUUUCUAAUUUUUUUUCUGGUAGCCCAGAAUCUGAACUUAUUUGUUAUUUUAAUAGUUUAAUUGAUAAAAAUUUUUGGCAUGAAAGACCAUAAUUAGUUUAGCGAGUACUGCCAAGACUGCUGGAUACCUUGUCUCUAUGGUGACUUGUGAUGUCACAAUGUUCUAGUCCAAAGUGUGAGCUGAAACUUGUAACGCAAGCAACCUCAGAUCCCAUGCUGCAUCAUCAAAUCUUACCAUUAUUCGAAUAUUGAGAAUACUCGAAAACGUCUACUGGCCAGUUUGCGUGAAUUGCUUCGGCGAGAUUUCUUUCCGAGGAUAGCAUUUAUGUAGUAUGUAUAUUUAAUAUAUCCAAAGAUAUGCAAUUUGUUAGCUAAUUAUUUGUGAGUUUGUUUUCUUCGCUCUCAUCAUACCCAAGUCCAAAUAUUUGGCCAAAUUCAUUUACGAUAUCGUUCAUAUAAUUCCCAUUUUGAAGUUGGUAAUAUUUUAAAUUGUUAUAUAUUUAAUAAUUGAUUAUUAUAUACAUACAUAUUAUACGUAAGCUUAUUGCUGUUCAAAUAGUGGUUAGUUCGUUUUGCUACAAUUACACUUAUAUCUCGAUAGACUAAUAUUUCGGUGUUCCCGCUGUACUCCAAGAAAGAUUUAUCACGACGAUGAUAUUAGAUUCAAAUUGACGGUGAGAUCUGAGAACGCCAGCGUGCUACAAUAUGUAUAACUCUCAUAAUCCGAUAUUAAACACUUGAGAUGCAUCGUACAUAUGAAAACGGUAUUACUUCGUAAAUAAUUCAUUUAUGUAGGUAUAUGUAUGUAUCAACUUAUACACGCAUCGGUAUUAUACAUGAAUAUAUUCAAUGAUUUUACAAAGUGGUACAACAAGAUAUGUAUAUACGUAGUAGAAUGACAUUACUCAUGAAUAAAACUUUUACAAAACAAA